AUUUAUAGUUCCGGCGAUAAUCGAGGGGUCUAAAUUUAUACACUUUUUGUUGUUGCAUGUGAGGCCCCAUAUGUGUGGAUUUUGUACCUCAUCAUCUUUCUUUAAUUUACUUUAUUUUAAGGGUUUUUUUUUUUUGACAAAUAUAAUUAUCACAAACCAGCUUUUGUGUCCUAACUGGAGUACAAACAUAACCUACUCCUGUACUCAGCUCUCCCUAUAUAACACCCUCUUCCAACUGUUCUUUCUUCAACUACUACACUUCCAUUACAUUUUCUCAUUUCUUACCACACACACAGAUAUGGCCCCUAUAGGAAACAAUGUUGUUGUCUCUAAUUUAAAGCUUGAGAAAUUGCUUUGCAUGAAAGGAGGCAAAGGAGAGGCUAGUUAUGCUAAUAACUCCCAAGCCCAGGCUUUACAUGCUCGAUCCAUGCUCCACCUUCUUGAAGAAACCCUAGACAAGGUGCACCUGAACUCCUGGCCUGAGGUCCCAUUUCAGGUAGUGGACUUAGGAUGUUCAUCUGGCAACAACACAAUCUACAUCAUUGAUGUGAUCAUCAAGCACAUGAUCAAACGGUAUGAGUCAUCGGGACUCGAGCCGCCGGAGUUUUCAGCUUUUUUCUCCGAUCUCCCUAGCAAUGACUUCAACACUCUUUUUCAACUCCUCCCUCCCUUAGCCAAUUACGGGGGGAGCAUGGAGGAGUGUCUAGCUGCCAGUGGCCACCGGAAUUAUUUUGCGGCUGGAGUUCCAGGCUCAUUUUACCGGAGACUUUUUCCUUCAAGAUCAAUUGAUGUCUUUCACUCUGCAUUUUCCUUGCACUGGCUCUCUCAGGUGCCAGAAAGUGUGAUGGACAAGAGAUCAGGUGCAUAUAACAAAGGAAGGGUGUAUAUCCAUGGUGCAAGUGAAUCAACAGCAAAUGCAUACAAGAAGCAAUUCCAAACAGACUUAGCAGGAUUCCUAAGAGCAAGAUCACAAGAAAUGAAGAGAGGUGGGUCCAUGUUUCUUGUCUGCUUGGGUAGAACUUCAAUGGAUCCCACAGACCAAGGUGGGGCAGGCCUCUUAUUUGGGACCCACUAUCAGGAUGCUUGGGAUGAUCUUGUCCAAGAGGGUCUUAUUACUAGCGAGAAGCGUGACAGUUUCAAUAUUCCUGUGUAUGCACCAAGCCUACAAGACUUCAAAUAUGUGGUAGAAGCUGAUGGCUCAUUUUCCAUUAACAAACUCGAAGUUUUCAAAGGAGGGAGUCCUCUGGUGGUUGACUGUCCUGAUGAUGCGGCUGAGGUGGGCCGAGCUUUAGCCACUAGCUGCAGGAGUGUCUCAGGAGUGCUUGUCGAUGCCCACAUCGGCGACCGGCUAAGCGACGAGCUGUUUUUACGGGUGGAGCGCCGAGCCACAAGCCAUGCAAAAGACCUACUAGAGAAGCUACAAUUCUUUCAUAUAGUUGCAUCACUUUCUUUUGCUUAAAGAAAAAGGAAACGAAGUACACAUUCAAAAGAAAGAAAGAAAAAAGAGAGGAGAAAAGGUCUUUCUCUUCAUAUUGUCUCUUUUCAUCUUUUCUGCUCUCUUAUUGUGUGCUAUUUGCACUGCACACAAUGUGUCAGAAUACACAAAAGAGAGGAAGCUUUCAUUCACUCUAAUACUUGAUGGUUUUUGUGACUUUGUGUUCCCUUGAAUCCAAAACUAGGUAAAUAAGAGAUUGUAAACCCUUUUCUUUUUGCUUCCUUUGUAGCUUAGUUAUUUAUUAAUGUUUAUAGAUGCAAUGCGAGGUGAUAGACUAGUAAAAUUCAGAACUGUCUGUAAUAUUUUCAGUCAGGAAUUUAACUUCUCUUUGAAUGUUUCUAUUA